UUGCCACUCUAUUAUAAAUUCCCAUGCAAAUCCGACCCAACUAUGUACAAAACCACCUCUCUACUUCUACCACCACCACAACCACCAUCACCGCCGCCACACUCUUCUCACCACCAACUCCCAUGGAGACUGAUCCUACGAAAGAAUCCAAACUCCCCUCUUCUGAACCUCUUCCACCUCCUCCGCCCCUAGUUCCUCCACCACCCGCUUCAAGCAAGCUUAGAAAGAUUGUAAUGGUGGCCUCCAUAGCUGCUGGUAUCCAGUUUGGCUGGGCUUUGCAGCUCUCUCUUUUGACACCUUACGUUCAGCUUCUUGGUAUACCUCACACAUGGGCUGCUUUCAUCUGGCUAUGUGGACCCAUUUCAGGAAUGCUUGUCCAGCCAAUUGUCGGCUAUCAUAGUGAUCGUUGCACCUCCCGUUUUGGCCGUCGCCGCCCUUUUAUUGCAGGCGGUGCUUUGGCCGUUGCUGUAGCUGUUUUCCUUAUCGGUUAUGCUGCUGACCUUGGUCAACUCUCUGGUGACCCUGUUGCCAAGAGCCCCAAACCACGAGCUAUAGCCGUGUUUGUCGUUGGGUUCUGGAUUCUUGACGUCGCUAAUAACAUGCUCCAGGGUCCUUGCCGUGCUCUCCUCGCCGAUCUUUCUGGUGCCAAUCAGAAGAAGACGCGUAUAGCUAAUGCACUGUACUCCUUCUUCAUGGCCGUCGGGAACGUUCUUGGCUUUGCCGCUGGAUCCUACACUCAUUUAUAUAAAAUAUUUCCAUUCACAAAGACGAAAGCUUGUGACGUUUACUGUGCAAAUCUGAAAUCUUGUUUCUUUAUCUCCAUUGUCUUGCUUUUAACUCUCACUGUAUUAGCUCUCAUUUACGUUCGUGAAAAGCCUUGGUCCCCAGAGCGAGGAAACACCGCUGCCGGUGACGAGGAGGAGGAGGACGAGGGGGCGUCGGAGUCUUCUCCGAUGCCGUUCUUCAGUGAGAUAUUUGCAUCUUUGAAGAAUCUGCAAAAACCCAUGUGGAUCCUUCUUCUGGUGACGUGCCUGAACUGGGUUGCAUGGUUUCCAUUCUUGUUGUUCGAUACUGAUUGGAUGGGUAGAGAGGUAUACGGCGGAGAUUCAAACGGAAAUCCCGUUCAAGUGAGGUUGUAUGAUCGUGGGGUGCGCGCUGGUGCACUGGGUCUGAUGCUUAACUCGGUGGUUUUGGGGUUCACCUCCCUUGGUGUGGAGGUGCUGGCUCGUGCUGUCGGAGGAGUGAAAAGAUUGUGGGGUAUAGUGAAUUUCAUUCUUUCAUUUUGUUUGUUCAUGACGAUCUUGAUCACCAAAAUGGCUGAAUCCCACAGAAGGUUCGCCACCGUGGGAGGCGGCGCCACGGUUCCCUUGCCACCACCUGGAGACGUCAAGGCUGGUGCAUUGGCCCUUUUUGCGGUGAUGGGUGUACCUCAAGCUAUAACUUACAGUAUUCCCUUUGCUUUGGCAUCAAUAUUUUGUAACACUGCUGGUGCUGGUCAAGGACUUUCUUUGGGAGUUCUGAAUCUUUCAAUUGUUAUACCACAGAUGGUGGUGUCAGUAGUAAGCGGACCAUGGGAUGCAUUAUUUGGAGGGGGUAAUCUACCAGCUUUUGUGGUGGGAGGGGUUGCUGCCGCGGCCAGUGGAAUAUUUGCAUUCACCUUACUCCCAUCUCCGCAGCCUGAUGCCCCCUCCGCCAAGACUUCAAGGGCUGUCACUGCUGCCUUCCAUUGAUCUUCAUCACCUCCAUGUGUAUGCGGAAAUGUGAUCAUGUAGAUGUGCGUUUUGUUUUCAUGUGGAAAGGCCAGAAUGGCCAUGUCUUGUGUUAGUUGGUGUUCUAAUAGGGCAUCAAUGGCCAAAAAUUGGUCAUUUUGAUGAUAUCAAUGGCUGUACACAUCCUUUCUUAAUCUUCAAUGCAACUAAUUAAUUUUAAUA